GAGUAGAGUGACUCAUAAUCCAAAAAUGAGAGCGCUAUGUCUGAACCUUUCUUUAUUCCCAGCAACUCUUCUUCCUAGAAGAAAUUACAUUUCUCUUAUCCAUUCCCACUGUAACUGCUUUUCACCUUCUCUUCCCGGCAAUAAUGGCCGUUUCCGGCUACGCGCCACCAAUAGUCGCCGCAAGUCGGAGCCUUUUCUCGAUGACAAAGAAGAAGAAGAAGAAGAAGUUGAAGCAGAAGAAAAGGACAAUAUUAUUAUGAGCAUGAGGAGGUCUAAAGGUGUGAUAGACACAAAUGAAGCAGAAGAAGAAGAAGAAGAAGAAGAAGAAGGGGAAGAGGAAGAGGAUUCGCCGAUGGUGCUGUCACUGAGUGUCAAACCAGACCGAAACAUAUCUUUACUUGAUGAUUACGAAUUGGAGGAGCUCGAUUUCGUUCCUCUUGAUCCCAAUCAUCGCAGUGGAUAUGUGGCAGUGGUUGGGAAGCCGAAUGUAGGGAAAAGUACACUUUCCAAUCAAAUGGUUGGCCAGAAACUGUCCAUUGUUACUGAUAAACCUCAAACCACGCGUCAUCGAGUUCUUGGUAUUUGUUCUGGCCCAGAGUAUCAGAUGAUACUUUAUGACACUCCCGGUGUCAUAGAGAAGAAAAUGCACAAGUUAGAUUCAAUGAUGAUGAAGAAUGUCCGGAGUGCAGCAGUUAAUGCAGACUGUGUGGUUGUUGUUGUAGACACAUGUAAGGCUCCUGAAAAGAUAGAUGAAGUGUUGGAAGAGGGUGUUGGAGACCUAAAAUAUAAAGUACCGACAUUGUUAGUCUUGAAUAAGAAGGACCUGAUCAAGCCUGGUGAAAUUGCAAAGAAACUUGAGUGGUAUGAGAAAUUUACGGACGUUGACGAGGUGAUACCUGUAAGUGCAAAGUAUGGUCAUGGAGUAGAAGAUAUCAAGGACUGGAUAUUAUCUAAGCUUCCUCUUGGGCCUGCUUAUUAUCCCAAGGACAUUGCUAGUGAGCAUCCCGAAAGAUUUUUUGUAGCUGAAAUUGUCAGAGAGAAGAUAUUUUUGCAAUACCGAAAUGAAGUUCCUUAUGCGUGUCAGGUUAAUGUAGUUAGCUACAAGACUAGACCAAAUGCGAAAGACUUCAUUCAAGUCGAAGUUAUAGUGGAGAAGAACACUCAAAAGAUCAUCCUUAUUGGGAAGGAAGGAAAAGCUUUGAAGCUUCUUGCUACCGCUGCAAGGCUUGACAUAGAAGAUUUCUUGCAAAAGAAAGUUUUUCUGGAGGUUGAGGUGAAGGUGAAAGAGAACUGGAGGCAAAAUGAAGGUCUCCUCAAGAACUACGGAUAUGGGGGCCACAUUCAAGCUUUGUGAUUUGAAAAUCUACUUUGAACUCGAUAUGGAUGGAAUGCAAUUGAAUGAUCAGGAGAUCUUGAUACUUCAUGAUGAACUAGCUAUAAUUUCUAUAAAUGUUAUCCCAAAGUACAACAGGCUAAGUAGGCAAAUGGGAUCUUGUGGAAGUUCUUGAUAUCAGGCUCAGGUACCACAAAUAUCCUUGCAGAGAGUGGUCAUUAUGUGAAUGCACCAGAUCUCAUCUCAGCACUGCCAGUCUGCUUUGUGAUCAACUGUAGUUGUCGCUUGAAGGAUGCUGUUGAAAGGAGAGAGAACUUGGCAGAAGAUGCAGGUGGCUGCCCACUCAGCAAGUUAACCUUUAGGCGUUUGUUAUCUUCUGUCUUUCCUGUCAAAUUGUUUAACUAAUGUUGCAUUGUUAGUGCUCUAGAGUAAGAUGUUCUGACGGACUAAUUGCUGCUCUGCAUUGGAAAAAGGUGGAAAGAGGUGUAUUGUCAUUUCUGGGUUGGAACUGAUUGAAAUCACUGUAAAACCUGUUUUUUCGUGCACAAAAAGUCUUGUACAUUUUAUUUGCAGCAGAGGUUUUUGUAGGAAGUUGCCCUCAGCUGUAACAGGAAUGAUAUAUUGUCUUAAUAUUCUCGAAAUUUAAUGCAGAUGUAUUUAGUUACUGAAUCA